UCACUAAAAAUCUAUAUAUAAACCCACAGAAUCCUAGACAAACUAGCAAAAACAUGAAUAUACAAGCAGAAAAUCUUGAAACUGAGCUUUGAAGGAAUAAAUUACCCAAAAAGACAAUCCUCACAUUAAUUUGGCACCUUAAUCAUACCGGCGAGGAACAGACAGACGGUUUAAAGGGCAGGACAAAAUGUUACGGUUUAUAUGGAAACAAACCCAUUUUUAUCCUUAAGAAACCCAAAGAACACCCUCUGAGUACUUGCUGAUUGCUGUAGAGGGAAAUUCUUCACUAAUAAUCUAAAAUGUUUGGGUUAUUCCGCAUGCCUCGGUUCAUCCGGCGGUUCAUCCGUCGCAGAACCAAUAAGAUGCCGGUUGAUAAGGCGAUAAAGAUGAAAGAGAGGCUUUCUUUAGCGUAUGCCUUCUGUGCAUGGAACUUGUUUGGUUUCCUGGCAUACCUUAUGUACAAAGGCCGACUGACAAAGGUCGAUGAUGCAAAUGAAGAAUCCCAAGGUCGCCAGUUUGUGAAGAUGCUUCACCUUAAGAAUGUAACCCUUCAUGAAGUCAAGGGCUUGAACUACAUACAGAAAUAUGACAUCAAUGAAGAAGUGUCUGCUAAGACCGAUGCUCCAGAAACUGAUGUCACUAAUGAAGACCAAGAACAGCUUCAAAAGGAGUCUGACUGAAAG